AAUUUCCAGAGAUCUGUUCUACACGUACCAACGUCAUCCUUCCUGAACGGGAUCAGGUGUGCACAGUACCAUAGAACGGUCAGCAGCAUUACCGUUAUCAGACAUUCGCACAAUCACAGUUGCCGUGCAACGCUGACUUCCCGCCAAAUACAUACUUCUCUCUCAGUGCUCUAAGUUGGUGCACAGCAAGAAACGCCUUCAAUUGAUGAACAAACGAACAGAUCUCUCAGUUAUCCAUCACCCUUCAGGUCCCCCUUAACAGAUCACAAUGGCGCCGCUUGUCCCUCGGAUGCACGUCUUUGAAAUAGCCGACUUUCCCUGGUUUCCCAAUUUUCUGCGAGCCUAUUUCCAAGCCGCCCUCACCGCAGCCUGGACCACUCAUGUGCCCAUCCUGCAAAGCAGUUCCCCAGCCAGCCUCGUCGCGGGGCUCCUGACGACCCACCUAGGGGACAACAGAACCGAAACCAAUAUCCAUGAUUACGUCUUUAUAGAUUUCUGCGCCGGCGGCGGGGGGCCAACGCCAUCCAUCGAGAGGCACGUCAAUAUUGACCAACAGCGGGAGAAUAUAGAACUACCAGAGCCCGUCCAGUUUGUCCUGACCGACCUGCACCCGCACGUGGAACUCUGGUCGCAGGCCGCCACGCAGAGUCCCAACCUGUCGUAUGUGCGCGAGUCGGUCGACGCGUCGCGCGCGCCCCGGGACCUGACGGCGCGGUACACCCGCCAGGGGAAGAAGAAGGUGUUCCGCCUGUUCAACCUGGCCUUUCACCACUUUGACGAUGCCCUGGCACGGCGGAUUCUGAGGGAUACUGUGGAGGGGAGUCACGGGUUUGGGUGAGUCCACCACCGCCAGCACCCAGUCUUGUCCCGUGUUCUUGUUCGUGUCUGUGUUCCGGUCGUUUUGCGGUGAUGGAAUGCUAGGCGGGUUUAGGUAUUUAAGUGCUGACUGAAACCGGGGGACACUGUGGGACACGCAUAGAAUCUUCGAGCUGCAGGAUCGGAGUCUGGCCGGGUUUGUGACCUGC